GGUUGACCUAACAUCCGUCCCGACCUUUAUCCCGCUCGUCCCGCCACACUCCGAGCCAUCCUUUCAGCACAAUGUCAAUGCACGAUUUACUUCUCCAGCUUUCCCAAAUUUCAUCCGCACUCUAUGAACAGGCAUCCCCUCUAGAUGAUUCUACUUCCAGGCUUGGGUUGGAUAUACCCGACUUCUUGCUGCCCUUCCCGGGACUAACGCUCGAUGUCCCGUCGCCGGGUUACCUUUCCACAGCGUUGAUUGACGCAGGCGCGCCAGAGCCUCUUGCUCACGAAUUAUCCGAAAUACAUUCCAGAUCGUCCAACGAGCUUGCCGAACGAUACUUACAGGUUUAUAGAACCUCCUGUGUUGAUAUUGCCACCAGGGCUGGCAAGGAUGAAAACAGUAGAGCAAAGUUGUAUCGCCAUCUGCAGGAGACUAGCCAUCGACACUUUCGUCAAAAAAUCGAAGCUUGGGAAAAGGACACUAUUCAUGCUAUUCGCAGCAGACCAAACAGUGACUCAAACAAGAAAACCGCUAUACGACGGUCAGCCUUCAACUCUGAUGUUACCCGUGUGCUUGGUGCAGUUUUCAGGGAAUCUCCAUACCCUUCUCGUGCUGUGCGGAAGGAAUUGGCAUACAGAUAUGGAGUUACUGUUAAGCAAAUUAAAACAUGGUUCCAAAACCGACGUUCUCGAGCCAAAAAAGGCGGAUUUGACAAUGCACCAUAUGGCUUCCUUCAAGACCAACGCAUUCCCGAAGUGCAAAGCAGCAACAUUCCAGACCUCUUCUUUCCUCUGCCAACCGCUCUUUCUGACGACUCACUGACAUCCGAUAAGAAUCAUCCAGUAUCCGGCUCGUCGAUUUCACGUUUCCCACCGAAAGCAUCAGAUACCACAUUACCUUCAUCCUCAGAGGCUGUCAGACGUUGCGGCACAUCCACAGACAAGCACAACUGUUUGCCUUCAUUGGAAGUAUAUCAGUCUAACAGAAUCAACUCGUCCAGCACACUUUCAGACUGUGAAACAGUUGUAGACUCUGAUUCGGAAGCGGAAGUUGAAGAAAAUCACAAGAUAUCGUUGUCUCGAUCUUCCUCAGUCACUCUGGUUGACGAGUCAGUUAGCAGUCUAGCUUGGCAAUCCCCAAGUUAUGCAUUCCCUACCAAAUACCCUCCGAAAAUCGUUGAGGAUCCAUUUCCUUGCAGAGCAUAUCACGACUUCUCGUUUCCCAAACCCGUCUGGCAGCGUAUUCCUUGCUCUACAUUCACCCCACACGCCCCAACUGAUGUAUCGGAAUUAUCGGGUCAACUAUCGCAACUCACGCUAGACGUUUCUGGUACAAGCAAUGCUCCACAUGAAGAUGCAGCAGACAGUGGGCAUGCGUCCAAGGUCUCGAGUCGGUAUAUACAGCCAGGCAAUCCGAUUGCUACACAUACGUAUACUGCUCCACUACCAUUCAUGGUCCGCCCAGUUCGUCAUCAAUCUUAUCAGGUAAACAACGUGGCAGAACUGGCUGCUGAAUCCACCUGUGCCUUUCCUGACAUGCACGAGCCAACCGUGGGGAAACUGUUGACGAGACACUGGCAGAGCCACUUCGCAAGACUGCUGACAGGACGAUUUCUUUAUCUGCGCCAGGAAUGUGGGGUAACCUGGGUCUGAAUCCUCAUGAUGCCUGUGCUUUGUUACGUACUUUCCUACCUACCACUUACCACUCACUUCAACGGCGGCGUCCAACGUCAUUCCCCGCUCAAACUGGCGGUAUGCCAUCCGAACGUGAUCUGGACGGCCGUCUAUUCGGACGCCUUCUCACAGUAGACGACCAGUUGGAGAACGUCUCCGAGGGUGAUCCAAAAGCUAUGAAAGCACUCGUGAAUCGACUACAAGAAAUCCAACACAUGACAACUCGUGCAGUUGCAGAGAGCUCGCUGACUAUGAAGACUGCCUCUCUGCUUCGGCGGGUAGUGUCUGCGGGCGCAUCCUUUUCAAAGCUUAUGUUGGAAGCCCGUCGGACAAAAGAAGAGGUUGAACAGAAGAUGCAUUCCCAGCUAGUGGAUGUCAUGGCACGGCUGUCCUUGAAUGAUCAAGUCGGAGCAAGAGCACACACGGGGCCAACCAAAUGCAUAAGCAAGCACAAGCGUACUGCUGUUGUUCCAACAACCCAAUCUGCGACUAAGCGGCGCGUUCCUGUCGUCACAAGCCACGAAUCAGACAUCCCGACCUUACCAGCCCAUGUUGCACGGUCAUACAAAUGGCUCCUCCAACAUAUUUACGAUCCGUUUCCACCGAUGGCGACACGAAUACAAAUGGCCAAGGAGACAGGUGUACCCGAGAAAACAAUUAGCGACUGGUUCACUAAUACACGCCGGAGAAUAGGUUGGACUAGCAUAUCAAAGAAGCAUUUUAAUGGGUGUCGUGCACUAACAGUUGAUUGUGCCCGGAUUGUUCUGCUUGGCAAGGCUGCAAAGGACCCGGUGUGUGAGGAGCUAUAUGGUGCAUUCCUUACAAUGAAAGGCAAGGCAAAUCGGCUUUUCGAAAAGUCUCUUGGUCCCAGUGACAUUGCGGCGCGCUUGGAAGCUUUUAUUACUAACCGCACUUCCAUCACUGCAAUGGAGAAGUCCCGGUCCAGUUGUGAAAAGUCGGAUGGAUUGCAGGAUGUACUUGAGCCUCCUCGGUCGGACACAGAAAUGAAGUCGCGAAAGCGUCGUGCCUCGGACGAUCAAGAGGGUUCUGCCUCUGGAUCACUUGACCAAAACAGCAGGCAAGCUAAACGCCUGAGGCGGACCUCUGAUCCUCUUUCAGCGCCCAGACCAAACAUACCCCAGAGGUCAUGUCUUGACAGUGUCGAAUGUUCCAAACAUCAAUCCUUGGCGAGACUUUCGGAAUAUCGGGCUGAAUUUUCGCAGGGAGCGUCGGAUCCCCUGCAAUCUCGACCUCGCAAGCGACGCUUGUCAGUCGAUGAUGAAGUUCCUAGUGCAAAACGCCCUUGCAGGUUACCUGGCAGCAAUGGUGCAAAAACACUAAAGCAGGAUCCGCCUGCCUUCAAUAGUGCAGCAUUUACUGGAUUGCAUCCCAAAGACGGCAGUCCGUCGGAUGUUUCGCUAUUCUCGGAUGUCCCACCACCAAUCACUUCAGAAAUGACAGACCCGGCUCAGUCUGUCAAUCUGUUUCCUACCGAUGCAAGGAUAUCGACGUGCUGCUCCGAAGGAAACUUGGCGACCGUGGCACCUACAGCAAAUGACUUAUUCUAUGACCCGACGUUUCUACCGGUGCCAGGUUUACUUCAGCCCACAGUACCUAGCAUGGAUAUCCUAUCUUUUUCCGAACUCUUUGCCUCUGGGGACUUCGCCUCGCUUCCUGCAAUACCGAACUUUGCCUGUGACGGCUCGGAUAUUCUACCUCCAUCACUUGACCCGAUCCCUAUCACUUCAGAGCUAUUCAUUACGUAUCCUCCUGGAUCAAACGAAGCGAAGGAGCAAUGUUCACCAACACCAACGGCGGUGGAUGAUGUUCAGUCAUUGUCGUCUCUGGACUUUGAUUUUCCUCUUGAACUCCAACUCAAUCCCAUAACACCAGAUCCGUGGACCGUACCAGCAUGUGAUAGCGCAUUACAUUUCAACGGUUUAUUAGAAAUGCCACGCAUUAACAAGGAUUCCUGGAAUCCGUGGGAAGAUCAAACAACGGCUGGCAGUCUCGGCUUGAACAAGGCAUGAUCUGAUACGUCUUCCAGCUUCUGUUUCUAUUGAUCUGUCUCUUUUCCUGGGUCGGAAG